AUGGCCGCAGAACCCACCGACAUCGACAGCAUCCUUGCCGCCGUCCCACACCUGUCUCAAGGGCCCGGUGGUGUCGUCGCGGUCGUAAAAGAUGGCACGCUGCUAGGCCAACGCGCCUGGGGCUACGCCGACCUCGACAACCGCAUCCCAAUGUCAACCAAGACCCAGUUUCCCAUCUGCUCUAUUUCGAAGCAGAUGAUCUGUUUGGCUAUGCUGUCGCUUUUGGAAGAGCCUACUGCUGAGAUGGAAGAGCGCAAAGUGGAUGUGGCACAGCAGUUCGAGGAUGAGCUGCAGAGGUUGCUGCCUAAUCUGAAGUGCGGCGCUGAGGACGGAGCCAAGGUGGCUGAUUUGUGCAAUAUGCAGUCGGGUAUCCGUGACUAUUGGGCACUAACCACUCUCUGGGGCGCUCGUCCUGAUGACAAAUUUUCUUUGUUGCACGACGCUCCCAAAGCGCUCGAGCGAAUCAAAAGCUAUCACUUUGCUCCUGGCACUGAGUACUCUUACUCGAACGUGAACUUCCACGUACUUGGCCGGAUCUUGGAGAAUGUAUCUGGAAUGUCACUUGCUCAGCUGCUCGUGCAAAGGUUGUUCAUUCCUGCAGGUAUGAAGAACGCCAGCCUCUGCGCAAACACCAACGGCCUUCCUCUGCCCAUCGUCGGAUACGAGGGCAACCCAAAAGUCGGAUACUUUGCCGCCACCAAUCGCAUCGAGUGGGGUGGUGAUGCUGGUAUUGCAUGCUCGCUGGAAGACAUGAUCGCCUACGAGAUUUACCUGGAUAAGAGCCUCAAGGAUAGUUCCAGUCCGUACGCUCAAUCAAUCAAAGACCAAGAGUACAGAAACGGCACACCAGCUAGCUAUGGAUACGGACUCAAGAAACUCAAGGUAGCAGGGCAUUCAGCCAUUGGUCACGGCGGCGCCCUCCGCGGGUUUCGACAUGCAAGGAUGCAGUUUCCAUCGGAGCGACUUUCUGUGGUCGUCAUGCACAACUUUGAGACAUCACCCGGUGCUCCCGCCGAGUACAUUGUCAAGAAAUUGUUGGGUACAAAGGAGCCCGAGCCCCAGACGAUUGCUUUCCCCGCUGCCUGGAAGGGACACUACCUGGAUGAAGAGACGCAGCUCUACGUUGGAAUCGAAGAAGGCGACAGAGAAAAGCCUGGCACGAUUUCGGUCAGCUACGGCCCUGGCACGGGAGGUGAAGUGGCCAGAUUGACGUCGGAAACGGAAGCGAAAGCCGAUGGCAUGAAGCUCAAGCUCGAGGGCGAUGUUCUGCACGUGGAACGAAUUGACGAGAAUCGGAGCUUGCGGGCUGUGCGUCUGAAGGCUGUUGAGAAGAAGGACUUUGGUCAGACCUUGAGCGAAGGCGUGGUGGGAGUGUAUCGCAACGAGGAAUGCGACAGUACCUUCACAGUCAGCGGAGAGCGCGGUGCCUUGUACGGCUCGUUCGACGGCUUCCUCGGACGCGGACCCAUCUGGACCAUGAAGCAGAUUGGGACCAAUCAAGUGUGGGCGUUGGGUAAUCCUCGUGGUCUUGACUCGACACCGCCCGGAGACUGGACUGUUGUCUUCAAGGACGAGAAGGAUGGCAAAUGCAGCAGCGUCAGCGUAGGGUGCUGGCUAGCCCGCAAGGUCGAGUACGUCAGGCAAGACUAG